GUCUGAGGAGCAGGAGACACAUGAGGAAGAAGAGGAACGCCCUCGAUACAAGUCAAUGGUCUCUCAGCUCGCUGCUCCCAAAAUCCCCGAGGGGGAGAGAGUGGACUUUGAUGAUAUCCACAGGAAGAGAAUGGAGAAGGACUUGCUGGAGCUGCAGACACUGAUUGAUGUCCACUUUGAUCAAAGGAAGAAGGAGGAGGAGGAGCUGAUUGGGCUGAAGGAAAGAAUUGAGAACCGCAGGGCAGAGCGAGCAGAACAACAGCGUGUUCGAGCUGAAAAGGAAAGAGACCGACAAACAAGACUUGCAGAAGAGCGUCAGAGGAAAGAGGAUGAGGAGGCAAAGAAGAGGGCAGACGAUGAAGCCAAGAAGAAGAAAGUGCUAUCUAACAUGGGUGCUCACUUUGGCGGAUUCUUGGCUAAGGCAGAGCAGAGGAGGGGGAAGCGGCAAACAGGGAGGGAAAUAAAGAAGAAAACUCUGGCAGAGAGACGCAAACCCCUGGGCAUCGAGAACCUGAGGGAAGAUGGACUUAGGGAACGGGCAAAAGAGAUGUGGGAAUGGAUCUACCAGUUGGAGUCUGAGAAAUUUGACCUUAUGGAAAAGAUGAGGCGGCAAAAGUAUGAGAUCAAUGUUCUCUUGAACAGAAUUUCUCAUGCCCAGAAAUUUAAAAAGGGUCACGGAAAGGGCAAAGUUGGGGGUCGCUGGAAGUAAGACCCAAACUGGAUUGGAAAAGAAGAUAACAUCUCCAUUCUUUCAGACAGAAAGUGUGGACAUCACAUCUGUAUUAAUCCCCUACCAAAUCAAUAUUUCAUUUCAAAUGUAUGAAGUAUAAAAACAGGCUCAAUGUAAAAAUUCACCCUGUCAGUGACAUAAUGGCAGCAGGAUGUGAAUCAUACAGGACCUAUAAAAGGUGGCCUUGGAUCAUCUGAAAGCAAAGCUCGUAUGUUUGUGACAUUCUUUUUUUUUGCAAUUUUUUUUGCCUUAUUUCAGAAAGUGCAUUCGGGUUCUGCUCCCAAUACCACACUCAUCGCUGGGAGUGACAUCACUUGGAAAUUACAUCAAGGUUGAAAUAAUAUUCUUAAUUUGGAUGGAAGCAAACCUUUACUAAGUAAAUUGUGCUUUGAAUCCUUGUAUCAGAAUCCUUACAAAUACCUGUUCAUUUACUAACCUUUAAGACUGAAGUGAUAAAUGUCUGUUUUGCAUUGCAUCAAAAUAACAAACAUGGAUUUCCACAAUGUUAUUAGUUGUAUUGCUAAUCUUGGUUAUAUUAGUGGCAGCAGUUUUAUUUUGUUUAAUUCCAUAUCUAAGUAAUUCCCAAAACAAGGGAAUACUAACCCCCUGUGUAUUUAAUUAGAUGUAUCCAAGCUCCUGUGAUAGUG